AGGUCUAAACUUCAGCCAGGUUGCUAAUGGAUUCUCCACAAUCUGUUGUUUCACCAUUCAAGAAUGCUGUAACGGAGCCAGAGAAGCAGAAAACAACGGACCAUUCUGUGAGGUGUGCAGUCAACAGCAUAACCAAGGAGGAGGUUCCCAGGAAGGCAACUAAUGGCCAUCUGGAGGACAACUUCAUUGGCAAGCUUGAGGUUUAUGUACAUCAGGCUAGGGACAUUCAUAACAUAUGCAUCUACCACAAACAAGAUGUUUAUGCCAAGAUUUGCCUCACCAGUGACCCUGAGAACACUGUCUCCACCAACACCAUCAAUGGUGGUGGCAGGAACCCGGUUUUCAAUCAGAAUCUGCAGAUAAAUGUCAAGACGGUCGACUGCUCCCUUAAGUGCGAGGUAUUCAUGAUGAGUCGGGUGAGGAACUAUCUCGAGGAUCAGUUGCUGGGGUUUGCUUUGGUGCCUUUGUCUGAAGUUGUUAUGAAGAAUGGGAAGUUGGAGAAAGAGUUCUCCCUUUCAUCCAAUGAUAUGUUCCAUUCACCUUCUGGAUAUGUUCAACUCUCACUCUCGUAUACUGGAGCUACUCCGGAGGUAAUGGCAAUUCCUGCUGCUGAUGGGGUGAUGAGGGACUCUGAGGUUCAGGAAUCACUCGAAUGUGAGCUUGACAAGCUUGAAUUCCCAGAUCCAAAUAUUGCAAAUGAAAACCAGAUGAUGGUUUCUGAGUAUUAUGGGACACCACGUACUGAUCUGGAUGAGUCUGAAACCUCUGAGAGCUUGGUCACUUGUGAUGCUGCUGACAACCAUACCAGUAAUGGUACAUGCGUUGCUAAUGUAGUGGAAAGUUACUCUGCUGCAACAGUCGGUUCUGCCCUAGCUACUAAUAAGCUCGAUUCUCCUCCAAGCAGCGUGUCAGCAACAAAUGGAGACGUCUCAUCUCCUUCAAAUGGUGUGAACUCGGACAACUCCAAAACUCAGUCCGAAGAACACAACUCGGUUAGCAAAGAGGACAAGGGCAUAGAUGCUGCAAAUGGGGAAACUGAUUCCUCAGCUGGAACUCCAAGAGAGGAAGUUACCAAGCCUGUUGUUACUCCGAACAUGGAGCCGGAGCAGUGUGUUGUGCAGCAAGACAUAGUUGACAUGUAUAUGAAGAGCAUGCAACAAUUCACCGAGUCAUUGGCAAAGAUGAAGCUUCCACUGGACAUCGAUAGCAGCGGACCAGCGAGUUCAGGAAGUUCAAACUCCGAGCAGCAGAAAACACCCUCAUCAACUAAAGCAGGUUCCCGAGUGUUUUAUGGGAGCAGGGCUUUCUUCUGAGCCCUCCCUUAGUCACUGCUAGUUUCACAGUUCGGGAGGAGAGAACACACAGGUGACAACAGUUUGACUUCCCUUCUAUCCAUGGAGAGACUAAGUAUCUAAUGCUGAUGAACUGUAAUAAUUUUAUGAUGUAGUAGUGUGUGUUGUUUUUCUCCCUUUACCUUGGAUUCAUGGUGAGACUUGAGAUGUUUAGAGAUGACGGGGAAAUCAUGACUUGUAUGCUGGUUUGGUUCUCAGCUUUGUUUCUAUUCCUGCUGUGUUUCCAGUU